AUGGCAGCGCGCGCCGCCGCGGGCACGUCGCAGCCAGCCCGCCCCGCGGUGCCGAACUUGCCGCUCCUGGGCAAGGAAGCGCCGCGUUCCUCGGCAGACGGCUCCACCACGACGUCUCGUGGCGGGUGGACCUCGCCGGAGUGCUCGUCGCCGCGGAGUGAGGCGAACUCGCCGACCAGCGGGUGGACGUCGCCCGAGUGGACGCCCCGGGCCACAGGCGCGUGCGGCCUCGAGCCACCGGCCGAGCCCGAGCUGCCCGCGGCGGUGCCCGGCGCGGGCGGCUUCUUCUGCUGGGCACCGCACGCGCCGCCCGGCUACUGGGCGCCCGUCGGCCUGCAGCACGGCGUGGUCUACCAGUGCGUCCCCGUGGGCGCCUUCUGGACCGCCCCCGUCGUCGUGGGGUGCCCCGCGGCGCAGGAGCCCGCGCCCGCCGCCCCCGGGUGCUGGGUGCAGGCCGAGCCCGCGGUCCCGGGCGCCUUCCCCGCCGGGCCCGCCGCGGCGGCGGCGGCGGCGGACCCCGCGCGGGGCGCCUUCCCGGGCAGCCCCCCCGCAGCGCGCUGGGAGGCGCAGGCUGGGAGCGAGCCGGAGGCCGCAGGGCUCACGGAGGAGGAGGAGCAGCUCCUCGAGCGGCUCUCGCGGCUCCCGGCGGCCGAGCUGGGGGAGGCCGCGGCGUCGCUGCGCGGCCGCGUGUGGCGCUUGGCGGGGUCGCCGCAGGGCACGCAGCUGCUUCAGCAGGUGCUGCUCGCCGCCGGGGUCCAGGAGAGGGCGGAGCUCGUGGCGGAGCUGGAGGGGCACGUGAACGAGGCGUGGGAGUCGGUCGCCGCGGCGCCCCACGCCAACUACGUGCUGCAGAAGUGCAUCGAGGUGCUCCCCCCGAACCGCUGCCGCUUCAUCUGCGACGAGAUGCUCCAGGGCGACGUCGCCAGGGCCGCGCAGAGCAAGUUCGGGUGCCGCAUCCUGCAGCGCCUCAUCGAGCACUGCCGCGGCCAGGACGUCGCCCCCCUUCUCGACGCCCUGCUCGCCGAGGACACCCUGCAGGCCCUCAUGCUCUCUCGCUUCGGCAACUUUGUCGUCCAGUGUGUGCUGGAGCACGGGCCCGCGGAGCGCAGGUCGCGCGUCGCGGCGGCGCUGGCCAGGCAGGAGGACGGUGCCUUCGCCAAGCUCGCGGAAAACAAGUACGCGAGCCAUGUGGUCCAGCACGCCAUGAGGCACUGCUCCGAGGCGGACCGGCGCCUGCUGGUGGGCAAGGUGCUGGGCGUAGAGGCGAAGGACUCGAAGUUCAAGCGCUCCGUCUACGGCAGCUUCGUCGCGGGCGAGGCGCGGAAGUGGAGCAAGGCCGCCGCGCAGUGA